UUUUCUUUUUUUUUUUUUUUCUCUUCUUAACUUUUUAUCCCUUAACAGUAAAUGUCCUCUACAGGGAGUGGUACUUCUACACAUGUUAGAAGUCAGUCUCAGGGAACAAUGACUUCACGCCUCACUCGCACAUUUUCUGGACAACGUCGUCAACGUCGCAACCAAGAAAUGCCGUCCAUAUCGACUGCUGCAACGACUAUGACCGCAGAACCGUCUCCGACUUCAGCGCCGCCUGUAAGCAGCCCAUUCAACGCCAUUUCAGAAACUAAACCACCUCAUGUGCGUAUUGUACCUAGCCUUGAGGCUCCUGGCCAAUCUCUUAUUUUUCCAGUCAUUGAAAUGGACUUGGAAAACGGCAACUUGGUCAAAAUCGGACGAUUUACCGAUAGACGGAAUCUUCCUAAUAGAGUGACAUUUCGCAGCAAGGUAGUGAGUAGAGCUCAUGCGGAGAUGUGGUCAGAAGGUCGAAAGAUCUUUCUGCGGGAUACUAAAUCCUCCAGCGGCACCUUCUUGAACAAUAUUAGACUAAGUCCGCCUGGUACAGAGAGCAAGCCGGUUGAACUAAAAGAUGGCGAUAUUGUUCAGCUUGGUGUGGACUACCAAGGCGGAGCGGAGGAGAUAUACCGGUCGGUCAAAAUGAAGUUUGAGAUCAACAGAACAUGGCAGCAAAAAGCCAAUCCCUUCAGUUUGAAUGCUUUGAACAACUUGCGGAGUUUAGGCGGUACGCCUAAUACUAUAACUCGAACCAGUUCCAACGCUUCUCCAGCUAUUCCUCAAGACAGUGACAGUAACCUUCCCACCAAUUCAGUCAGUCCAAUACCGCCAGCUCAAGUUGAAAUCGAAGAAUGUUGCAUUUGCCUUUUUGCCAUCGCACCCUUUCAAGCCUUGUUUCUCGCCCCUUGCUCUCAUACCUAUCACUACAAAUGCAUUCGACCGCUACUUGUUCAAAAUCAUCCGGCUUUUUCGUGUCCAAUCUGCAGAACCUAUGCAGAUUUAGAAGCAAAUGUAGCGGUUGAAGCAGAAGAAGUUUUAGAGAUGUAUGGAUUUGGGCAAAAUGGCGACCACCCAGCUACUGCAUCUAUCACCAAUGUUCGACCUCCUUCCUUGCGAGCUAUGGCUUCUACCACAUCAUUAAAUCAUUACCCUGUGCGACAAAACAGUAUUGCUGGCAACGAAAGCCAUGUCCCUUAUCCUAUUGAUUCCGAUUCUGCACAUCCAGAAGCCCAGGGCCUUGGUGGACUACCCAUCUCACAAAACAUUCCGGUUAUUAGGAGCGGCGUUGCGACAAGAGAAGCCAUGGCUCAUACUUUGGUAGAGAGCUCGCAAUAUGGCAUGACGGAGAGGAUGAGGUUAAAUUCAUUGUCAUCUGAAGAAAAUAUCUUACCCGAGGACGACAACAGACGGCAGACAAUAAUACAAAGGGAUGAUGACGAAAAUGACGAUAUUCUGGGUUUACACAACGAUGUAGACAACUUGCCGGAUGCGAGAAGUGGCGAGUUUGUGACAAAUACAUCCACAUCGCUUCCAUCUUCGGCAGUAUCAUCUCCACUUACACCAUCGACAUCUCGAUCUAUGCAACGACGUCCAAGUGCCGCUGGAAUAGUAGGAAAAUUGCGAAAUGUGAUAUUGGAUAAGAGGCGGUUAUCUUCCGGGAUUGAAUCAUCUGCAAAUCUUGAAUCACAGGAUGAUGCGUCGUCGACUGGUAGUGGAGUUUCCGGAAACAGAUGAGCAUAGUGGAAGGUGAAGGGGUUUGCAAGCUUCAUUAAAAAAAAAAGGAAGUAUAUUCAAAUGCAACCCUUCUAUUACCCCACUCUGAUCACCUAUAAAAAAAAAAAAAAAGAAACCCCAAAAAAAUCCACACACUUCAUUACUCCCAACCCCUUUUUCUUUCUAUUAUUUACC